AUGUUUAAAAAUUGUUGCGGUUGUCCUAGUAAAAAAGGCGAAAGAAAAGACAGCAUAAAGGAAAAUUACGUGGAAAAAAAUGAAAAGGAAGAAAAGGAAACGACGAUAACGUUUGAAAUGGGUGGAAAACUUGCGUCCGCGACAAGCGAAAAUGUUAUUGCUCAAACGGAAGUUAAAAAACCGGAAAAUGAUGAAAAUUCGGACCAAGUGACAAAAAUCGUGGAAUCGUCUCAGUCGUCGAAUCGUAAAAUGUCGGGUCCGAAAAAGGCCAAACCGAGAUUGAGCAUAUCGACGGAAGUGAAAAUAAUACCGACGAAUUUUCCCGAAGAUUUGGAAGAUGUAAGAUUCGAAGAAUAUUCGGGUUUGGAAGAAAGGGAAAAAGACAAAAAAGGAAAAGAGAGUAGUAAGGAAGGCGAAGGUGAGAAAGGAAAAAAUGAGAAUGUCGUCGUCGUCGUAGGUGAUAAUAAAGACGAUGAUGAGGAUGAUGACGAGGACGACGAAAACGAACCGGAAAGUCUUUCGCUAUCCGUGAAAAACAUUGAUGGGAAAAUAAUACGAAGAUCCGUGUCGGAGGAAAGUUGUAGGAAACCAUCGCCGGAAGAAGUAGAAACGACUCGAACGGUAUCACCUUUGAGCGAUGAAGUUUUCGUGGCGGGUGAAAAAAGUCAUUUGGAAUUACCGUUAAAUAAUUUGGGUGUUAAAAUAGAAAACAUGCCCUCGGCAAUGAGUUUAAACAUUCCGGGAAAGAAACCAUUGAUAAAUGCUCAAAAAAGAGUCAGCAUGCCGGCCGUACUCCCGAAAUGGUUGUCCGAAGAGGAAGAAACGGGAGGAUCUCAAGAACCUCCCGCCACACCGGUCGCCCGGGACGAAUUAGCUCUUCGACGACAUAGAUUCUUUUCCGAACUAUUAUCCGUCGCCCAAGCUGCGAGCGAGCAUAGAGUACGAUUCGAUCCAUUUGGACCCUCGAUAGAAAUACGAGAGCCAGGAGCAUCGCACGUGAAAGAAUUUGAAAAUUUACUCAAAAGGUUAGAGGACAUAACGGUUCGAUUGGAAAAAGCGGUGCCUUUGUUGGAAAAAGGCGCGGACGCAUUGGGAAAAAGUUUCACACUCACGAAAAGCCUUGAAGAUUUUCUCGACGAACAUUUAACUCCGACGGAAAAAGAAAACAUACAACAGUUAUUGAUAAAUUCUCAGGGAACGGAUCCCGGAUCUCCGGAACAAGAAGGGGAAGAGGAAGAGGAGGAGGAGGAGGAGGAAGUAGAAGAACUCGCUAAAGAUAAUUCCGAAGAAAAAGAAGGUUUCAUAAUAAUAUCACCCGAUUCGAGUGCGGAUUUUGAAGAGUUAACGGAAAAAGAUUUGGCAUCCGUCGAAGAAGACGAAGAAGACGCGACGCAAGAACCCGAUAAAGUUCAAAGUGCGAGCGACAAAAGCGAAACUUCGACGAAUUCGCAAAACACGGUGCAUGCUCUGUUGUACGAACAAACAAACAAACAACAUCCACCUACUUACCUUAUUUCUUGUCGAAUACGUUGA